CGGCGGAGGCGAUACGCAAUCGUCCAAUUCCGCUGGACAAGCCAUUGAGCCAGCCAAAUCAGCCAUGGCGGGGAGUGGCGGCGGCGGCGGCAAGGGCGCGGCGGGGAGGAUGAUGUCGCUGCAGGAGUUCGUGUCCUCCAUGGCCCCGCUCAUCGAUCUCGAGAAGGCGGCGGAGAUAUCGGCGGAGUCGGAGACGAGCGCCAAGAGCCUGGAGAGGCGGGGCAGCGUCAUCGCCAACCUCAAGUGCACCGACGCCCAGAUGGGACUGAUGGGGAAGACGCUCCUGGAGUUCCAGCCCAACAAAGGCGACGUGCUCCCAUCUCACAAGUUUGGAACGCAUGAUGUAGUUGCCCUGAAGCCAAAUAAGGCAGAUGCUGGAUCUGCUUCUCUUGGGCAAGGUGUAGUUUAUCGGUUAAAGGAUUCUUCCAUUACCGUUGCUUUUGAUGAUAUUCCUGAAGAUGGUUUAAACAGCCCUCUGCGUCUUGAGAAGCUUGCAAAUGAGGUCACUUAUCGCAGGAUGAAGGAUGCACUAAUUCAACUUAGCAAGGCUGUCCAAACAGGACCUUGUGCAAACCUUGUUCCUGUUUUGUUUGGAGAGAAAGCACCCAUGCGCUCCAAGGAUGCUAUGAAGUUCAGUCCAUUCAACAAGAAUUUGGAUGAUUCACAGAAAGAUGCUAUCUCGAAGGCGCUUGGAUCAAGGGAUGUUUUCUUGCUUCAUGGGCCUCCUGGAACUGGAAAAACAACAACUAUUAUUGAGAUAAUACUGCAGGAGGUCAAGCGUGGAUCAAAGAUUCUUGCCUGCGCUGCAUCUAAUAUCGCUGUGGAUAAUAUUGUUGAGCGACUUGCACGAUACAGGACAAAAUUAGUGAGGUUAGGGCAUCCUGCUCGUUUACUACCCCAAGUGCUCGACAGCGCUCUUGAUGCACAGGUAUUGCGAGCUGAUAAUAGUAGCUUGGCAGGAGACAUUCGCAAGGAAAUGAAGGUGUUGAAUAGCAAAUUGCUGAAAGCUAAAGAUCGGAACACUAAAAGGGACAUCAGGAAAGAGCUCAAAACCCUUGCCAAAGAGGAAAGAAAACGACAGCAGCUUGCAGUAACUGAUGUACUAAAAAAUGCAGAUGUUGUGCUGACAACUUUGACUGGUGCAUCUUCAAAAAAGCUAAAUGGCAUUACAUUUGAUUUGGUUGUCAUUGAUGAAGCUGCUCAGGCACUUGAGAUAGCAUGCUGGAUAGCCUUGCUGAAAGGGCCAAGGUGUAUUCUUGCUGGAGACCAUCUUCAACUUCCUCCAACAAUUCAAAGUGUUGAGGCUGAAAAGAAGGGGAUGGGAAAGACACUCUUUGAACGGCUUACUGAAGCUUAUGGAGAGGAAAUCACAUCCAUGCUCACUGUCCAGUACAGAAUGCACGAGCACAUUAUGAAUUGGUCAUCUAAAGAACUUUAUAACAAUAAGAUCAAAGCACAUUCUAGUGUUGCUGGGCAUAUGCUCUAUGAUCUUGAAGAAGUCACGAGGUCUUCUUCAACAGAACCAACUAUUAUACUCAUUGACACUACAGGGUGCGAUAUGGAAGAAGUAAAAGACGAAGAGGAGAGCACUAUGAAUGAGGGCGAGGCAGCAGUAUCCAUUGCUCAUGCCAAGUUGCUUGUUGAGAGUGGUGUUCGUGCAUCUGAUGUUGGAAUAAUUACACCUUAUGCUGCACAGGUAACCUGCCUGAAGAUGAUGAGAAACAAAGAUGCUAAACUGAAAGAUUUAGAGAUAUCCACAGUUGAUGGGUUCCAAGGCCGGGAGAAAGAAGCCAUCAUCAUUUCAAUGGUCCGGUCUAACUCAAAGAAAGAGGUGGGGUUCUUGAGUGAUCACAGACGGAUGAAUGUUGCGGUGACGCGAGCCAGGAGGCAGUGCUGCCUGGUGUGCGACGUGGAGACCGUGAGCAGUGACAAGUUCCUGAAACGUUUGGUUGAAUACUUCGAGGAGAAUGGGGAGUACUUGAGCGCUUCAGAAUACCAGAGCAGCUGACUGGCAUGACAAACGCGGAAGCAGGGGUGAUCCGUUUAGUGUAGGCGUGUAGCAUUCCCCAUAUCCGUGUCCACGGAGCGAGUAGAUGGGAGCUAGACGUGAAGUCCAUUGUACUGCUACGACUCCUAACUAUCCUUGCUUUUUUGUUAAGAAUAUAUAAUUACCUAUAGUAUAUUCAUAUGUUGUUCGUUUUGCCA